CUGGCAUCGGGUGACUGUUUGGUCAAGAGCUUCCUCCCUCUUGGAGCACCGGCUGGACACUCCUAAUCCCUCCAGCUGCCGCUGGCUCGGGGGGCUGAUCACAAGCUCGGCUCUCGGGGAAAGCAUCGAGGCACCCAAGGAGGCCAGCCGCCAAGAUCUUGUCAACCCUGGGCCCCCGUGGCCACCCUCUGCCAGCUCAAAGUCACCUUUAUUUCAACUCUUCCACCAGCCUGGCUGGCAGGAGCCAGCCCAGAACCCCCUCCCUCCCAGCUCAGCAGGAACCAGGAACCAGCCCCUAUUGGGCAAUCAUUAAUCGGAUUCUUGACAUUCCUCUGCCCCAGGUUGGCUUGGGAAUAUGCUCCCCAGAGGAGGGGGAGCAGAGGCCCAGGACUGGCAUCUGGACAUGCAGCUGACAGGCAAGGUGGUGCUGUCUGCCGCUGCCCUGCUCCUGGUGACCGCAGCCUAUAGGCUGUACAAGUCGAGGACUGCCCCGGCCCCACUGGGAGGCAGGUACACCGCGGGGAAGGAGACAGAGGGCUCUGGACAGCCUGCUGGCCAGGGGGCUGUUUCCAGGCUGCCCCAGCAAGGCCUGAAAUGCCGGCGGGGAAGCAAGGGGGCCCGAGUGCCGCGGGGCUGCGGCUGGGAGAAUCCAGGGAGCUCUGGAGUCCUGGUCACGGAAGUCCCUUCCAAAGACUCAGAAGCCGGAGAGACUGGGAAAUCUGAGACAGAAGGUGCUGGCGAGGAGCAGGGCAGGCAGUGCCCGGAUGCUGACCUGGCAACAACUCCACGCGGUGGCCGGGAAGCCGGAACACCUGUUGGCGGUAAGCCCGAGCUGUCCAAUUGCCCCGCUUUGUGCAGUGAACCCCAAAGCUCCCCAACUGGCCUGAUUGCAGUGGACAGUGGCCACAGUGUGGGUGGUAAGCCCCCUCCAUGGCAGGAGAGCGGACCCCCCGAGCAGCCGGGGCCUGGGGGGCCAGAGUCCCCCCACCAGGGCUGGGUGGCCCACACAGAAGGCAAGAGUGACAUGAACAAGAGCUGGGUCUUUACCCAUGUGACAGGGGUCCACAGGGAGGAGGCAGGGGCUCUCCGGGCUGCCUCGGACAUGGACCUGGCCCUCUAUCAGCAGGAGGGAGCCACUGAUGCCUCCUAUACCUUCUCGUCAGUGGCCCGGGUUCGAGUGGAGGAGAAUUUCAUCGCGGCGGAGAAGGCAGAGGGAAUCAGGCCCAGGCUGAAGGGCAAGGUGUAUGAUUACUAUGUUGAAUCCACCUCUCAGGCCACCUCCAGGGACAGGCUGGCCCCCAGAACAGCAGCCCUGGCUGAAUCCCCUCCCCCCGUGUCCGUGCCAGGCCCCCCGGGAACAGGGGCAGCCUCCGGGGGCCAGGCCGAUGACAGAGCAGGUAGAGCAGAGACAACCGCCCCCCUGCCGCCUGUGCUGCCAUCCUCCACGCAGGGCUUCAGCAGGAAGGAGAGCCUCCUUCAGAUCGUGGAGAACCCAGAACUCCAGCUGCAGCUCGAUGGCUUUGGGGACCGAGCUCUAGCCUGCCCAGACCAGAAUGCUCUGCUCCGCUGCCCCACAUCCUCAGAGUCUCUUGGGUCCAGCUCAGCUGGAAGCAGCGAGAAGCCACAGGUGCAUGCUGUGGCUGGGACCAAUUUCUUCUACGUCCCGCUCACCCCUGGAUCAGCCCCCGAUGUCCACUUGGACCUGGGCAAUUGCUAUGAGGUUCUGACCUUGGCCAAGAGGCAGAACCUGGAGGCCCUGAAGGAGGCCGCCUACAAGGUCAUGAGCGACAACUACCUCCAGGUCCUGCGAAGCCCGGACAUCUAUGGGUGCCUGAGCGGGGCAGAGCGGGAGCUGAUCCUCCAGCGACGGCUCCGGGGCCGCAAGCACCUGGUGGUGGCCAACAUAUGUCUCCAGGAAGAUUCCAGCCGCCUCUGCUGUUACGACAGUGAGCAAGAUGCCUGGCACCCGCUGGCCCGUCUGCCCCCGGAGGCCGUGUCCCGGGGCUGUGCCAUCUGUAGUCUCUUCAAUUAUCUCUUCGUGGUGUCCGGCUGCCAGGGGUCCGGGCACCAGCCCUCCAACCGCGUCUUCUGCUACAAUCCGCUGACAGGCAUCUGGAGUGAGGUGUGCCCGCUGAACCAGGCUCGGCCGCACUGCCGUCUGGUGGCCCUGGAUGGGCACCUGUACGCCAUCGGGGGCGAGUGCCUGUACACGGUGGAACGCUAUGACCCUCGCCUGGACCGCUGGACUUUUGCCCCACCGCUGCCCAAUGACACCUUCGCCCUGGCGCACACGGCCACGGCGUGUGCAGGAGAGAUCUUUGUCACCGGCGGCUCGCUGCGUUACCUGCUGCUCCGCUUCUCCGCCCAGGAGCAGCGCUGGUGGGCGGGCCCCACCGGGGGUGGCAAGGACCGCACGGCCGAGAUGGUGGCAGUCAAUGGCUUUCUCUAUCGCUUUGACCUCAACCGCAGCCUGGGCAUCAGCGUGUACCGCUGCAGCGCCAGCGCCCGCCUCUGGUACGAGUGCGCCACGUAUCGGACCCCUUACCCAGAUGCCUUCCAGUGCGCCGUGGUGGACCACCUCAUCUACUGCGUGGGGCGCCAGCGCACCCUCUGCUUCCUGGCCGACUCUGUGUCGCCCAGGUUUGUGCCCGAGGAGCUGCAGAACUUCCCCUACCCGCAGGGCACCCUGGUGCCCACUGUCCUGACCUUGCCUGGCCCUGAUGUGCCCCAAACCAGAGUCUAGCGGCCCCUCUGCUGGACUCCCUCUGCAAAACCAGAAGCAAAAAGUGCUCCCCACCCACCCCUCCAUGGGCCAUUUCUGGGAGAUCAGGCAGCCCAGGAAUCUGACCAAGAGAUUUCAGAAGUCUUCACAAUACCACUCCCCAUACAACUCAGCCCUCGCCUUGGGAUCUGGGGACAGCCACUGCCAGUCAGCCCAUCCAGGUGAGAGGCGAUGGCAUCAUUCAUCCUCCUGUGCCUUGUGAUCACCUGGUCUGCCUCGUUAGACAGGAGAGGACCAGAGAGGGGCAGGUCCAUGAUGGAGCUGAGGAACUGAAGGUUCUAGUGGGGCAUCAGGAGACUGGAUCUCCUUUGACAUCGGGUUUGCAAAUUCUCAAAGGGAAGAAAGCUUCCAACCUCAGGAAAUUAGCUUUCAUUCCUGGAGGGAGAAGAGAGAGACUGGUCCAGUCUAUGACCUCCGGCCUGUCCUAUCUCCAAGGGAGAUGCAUAUUCAGACAGGAAAGAAGUGAUGCUUUUGGUCCCACCAAGAGGCCAGGGAAGCUAGGACUACUUCUAAAGGGAAAGGCAGCAUGAGGAAAGACGUAGAGAAGGAAGGUGCACCAGAGCUGGCCUGAUAGAUGCUCCGACUUCAGCAUCCCUAUCUUCAAAAUAGGAAGGACAAUCCAAGUCCUUUUCUGCCUGAGGGAUAAAGGUGAGCAUGUGGAGGAAGUUUCAAGUUUCAUGGGUCCUGGCAGGAAUUUGUGCUCACUGCAGCUACUGGGGCUACGCUGGGGGUCUGUUGGGAAGAUGCAGAAUUGGAACCAAGAAUGUGGAGGAGGUUGGCGUGGAGAUGAAAGCUUUUCUUGGACCACACAAGGCCAUCUUCCCUCUUCUAGAGCCUGGGAGGCAAGGCUUCUUAGUUUAUUUCUAAGUUGGAGGCUGGGUCUAUGGCUGGAGCCUGGGGAGAGGGACCUCCCAGCCCCCUCCACCCCCAAGAAUGUGCUCAAGCUCAGAGGUAACCCUCAGGCAUGAGACUCCAAGGGACCCAGGGGGAAGGGGGGUUGACGCCAGGUGGGGAGAAGAGUUUGCUUAGGAGAAGAAUCCCAUCUGGGAUCUGGGGCAGGUGGAGCCAGAUCCAGCCCCAAGAGCCAGGUAGAGGAUACAACUUCAACCAAGCUGGGUAGAGUGCGGGGAGGGCUCGGAGCCAGGGGUGAGCUAGGGCUCACUCUGGGAAAACUUCCAGAAGCCCAUCGCCUACAUAUGGCAGGGCUAAGGAGAUGCAUCGCAGGAUAAGGCAGCACAGUUUGUUCCAGACCCAGUGAUGGCAGAUGUGGUCUUCCUGAUGAGAGAGCUGAGACUCGGGCCUGUGCUGAGACAGAAAGUCUGCCGCACAUCUCGUCUGUCUCCUGUGGUCCCAUGGCAGACAUUGCUAACCGAUUACCGUGUCUUUUCUUGAUGAGCUCUUUCAAUGGCCUCAGAACUGUUUCAACACAGGACCCCAGGCAGUCAUUACUGAGAGAUUAGAGCUAGUGUGUUUCUCAUUCCUGGCCUCCAGAGUGGGGUUUAGGGAUGAGAGUUGUCAGGGCUAUUGUGGUAAGGUAAGGUAGUUCAGGGGGCCUGCCAAGACCACCUUGGGGCCAUGACGGUUGGGGUUCACUUACAGAAUGUUUAAGACAGGGCUGCUGCAGGUGCUGAAGAUACAGCACCUUCCUGCCCUCAGAAAAUUAAAGAGAGAGAGAGAGAGAGAAAGAGAG